AACUGGCAGAACCAGAUUCUCCAGGUGUGAAGUAAGCAAUCUGUUCUUCUCUUUUAAUAUUAACAGCAAAAGCACAACUUUAUCUUCAACUUAUUUGACUUUAUUAUCUGGCUUUCAAUUAACUACAUGAGAACAUACAGAAACCAGCCUGUGACCUGUAAGACAGAGAUUUACAUAAUUGAUCAAACAUUACAGCAGAUGAUACUCAAAUUUUCUCUGCGGCAGGACUCCAAUACCACAGUGGAAAAACAACCAAAGGAACAAGACAGAAAGGAUCUGUAACAGGGUGGAGAAAGUUUUAGAGUCAUAUAAGUUUACUUUUCUACUUCCUAGAACGAAGUGUCAAAGUUGACUACGGAAAGGGAAGAUGAAAGACCGACUUCAAGAACUAAAGCAGAGAACAAAGGAAAUUGAACUCUCUAGAGACAGUCAAGUGCUGGCUACGGAAGCAGAGGAUCAAGGGGUGUUUGAGCAACAAGCUGUUAUUUAUGAAAGAGAGCCUGUGGCCAACAGACAUCUACAGGAGAUCCAAAAACUACAAGAGACUAUUAACAACUUCACAGAAGAUGUUCAAAAAUUUGGACAGCAUCAAAAAAGUCUGGUGGCUUCAAUGAGAAGGUUUAGUCUACUUAAGAGAGAGUCUAGCACUACAAAAGAGAUAAAAACUCAGGCAGAACACAUUAACAGAAGUUUGGGUGAGUUAGUUAAAGAAGUUAAAAAGUCAGAGGCUGAAAAUGGACCAUCGUCAGUGGUCACUAGGAUACUUAGAUCUCAGCAUGCUGCAAUGGUCCAUCAUUUUCAGCAAACCAUGUUUAUGUACAAUGACACAAUAGCGGCAAAGCAAGACAAAUGCAAGACAUUUAUUUUCCGCCAGCUUGAAGUUGCGGGAAAACAGGUGCCUGAAGAAGAAGUACAUGAGAUGCUUCAUCAAGGAAAAUGGGAAGUUUUCAGUGAAAGCUUACUUACAGAAAUCACUAUCACAAAAGCACAGCUCUCAGAAAUAGAACAGAGACAUAAAGAACUUGUUAACUUGGAGAACCAAAUAAAGGACUUAAGGGAUCUUUUUAUUCAGAUAUCUCUUUUAGUAGAGGAACAAGGACAGAGCAUCAAUAAUAUAGAAAUGAUAGUGAACGGUACAAAAGAUUAUGUUAAUAAUACUAAAGAGAAAUUUGGACUAGCUGUAAAAUACAAAAGAAGAAACCCAUGCAGGACACUGUGUUGUUGGUGUUGCCCAUGCUGUAGCUCAAAAUAAAGUUACUUUAGAAACAUGUCCAGUAAAAGAUUUCCCACA